AGUUACGACUACAUAGCAAAGAGAGAGAAAAAAGUGUUGGGGAGAGAGAGAGAGGGAGGGAUAGAAAGAAAAAAGAAAGUUAUCCAAAAACUCUGAGCGCAUCGGACAGUUGGAACAGAAGGCGUUUUGCGGCUGUGGCAGAAAGGCGUGCGCAACAGAGGAUGCUCAUGCCAAGGUGUUAAACCUUUUUGGAAGCAGUGAACUGCUCCCAGAAAACAGAACAGAAGUGUGGCAGAAGACAUUGCCUAAUAUUGCUUGAGCUCCUGGGAGAGAUACUUGGGCUGAGCCCAUCCUAGAGGAUAACUCAAGGGGAAAAGGAGAUCAAGGAUUAGAAAUGGCUGACGAAGAGGACACAAGAGAAGUGCUCUUCCCUCAGUGGAUGGGCCCUGAUAAGCACGGGCUUACAAUAGAGCAAAAGGCUCAUGGAGAAAUUUUUGUGACAGAAGUGAAAGAAGAAUCCCCUGCUGCUCAUACUGGGAGAGUAUUUGAAGGUGAUCAAAUUGUUGGUGCCACAAUCUACUUUGAGAAUAUGAGCUCAGAAGAAACAGCAGAGUUAUUGAAGACGCUUAACAGACACAAAGUUGGACUAAAACUACAGCACAAGACGGGAGACAAAUCACCUUGUCGCUCUCCCAUGGGCACAUUGUCAUGGGAAGCACAAACUGGAUUUGGAGGUUCUAGUCCUGAUAUAGUCCUGAGUGGGGAUGACGAGGAAUACAGGAGAAUCUACACUAAGAAAAUUAAGCCCAGACUGAAGUCUGAGGACCUUGCAGAGGGAGUUGAUGUACGUACAGAACGUCAUAGCAGCACGAGCAGUGAUGGCAGCACCAUUACAACCAUUACACGACGUAUCACUACAUACACUGUGGACAUACCAGGGGGAUCUGGCCAGCAACAGAUUGAUAUUUCAAGUCCAGAAUUCAAACUUAAUGUUUCAGAGGGGAGCUCUGCUCAAAUUAAAAUGCCUCAUGGAAGCAUAAUAAGCAGGGUCAGUGGGCAAGAGGCAUUAGAUCUUGGUGAAGGUAGAGUAAAAGAUCCAAAAGGCUCCUCUGAAAAGCACUGGAGUACAGCACAUGUCAAAACAUCAUUUACAACAGAGGGAAGUGGGAAGGAUUUUAAAUUAAAUAGAUAUGACACUGGACUGACAACAGCAAAAGCACUUGGAGGAGAAGGGUCUUCAGAAUUGAUUCAGUAUGAUUAUAGUGUAAGGGGACAAGGCUCACUUACACCAGACACACAAACAGGUUAUACCGAUCUCUCAGUUAAACCUGGCAUAGGGACAGAUAAGUAUCUGGUAAGCAAUAGUGAACAAUUGUUGAAAAUGAAACGUGAGGUUACUAUUUCAGGUAAAGAAGCUGAAAAGAAUAUUGAAUCACCCAAAGUGAACAUUACAGGUGCAGAGGAAUCAGAAGGAGGAAUGAAGAUGUCAAAAAUAAGUGUGUCAUCAAUUGAAAUUAAAAGUCCAAAGGCUAAGAGUGAUGCAGACAAAGUUUUACAGAGUGAAAUAAAAGCAGCAAAAAUGGAUAUCAAGGCUCCUGGCAUUGUAGACCCUAAGCUAAAAUUGACAUCCAUUUCAGGUUCAGAAAUUAAUAUUAAGAGUCUUAAGGCAAAAGGAGAAGUUGAUGUUUCAGUACCAAAUGUUGACGGGGCCAUAAAAGCACCAGAAGUGGACAUUAGACAUCCAGUGGUUGGUAUAGAGGGCUCUGAUGGAGGAAUAACAAUGCCAGAAAUAAUAAUGCCUUCAAUUCAACUUCAAGGGCCGAAGGUUGAAGGUCCUAAUGUAGAUGCAAGUCUUCACAAAGGUGAAGUUGACAUAAAAGGACUCAAUAUAGACAUGUCAACAAAUGUUGACAUUGAGGGACAAAAGGGAAAAGUGAAGGGUCCAAAAGUGAAGAUGCCAUCCAUUUCUGGUCCAAAGAUCUCCAAGAGUGAUCAACUCAAGAGUGAUGUAGAUGUGAAUAAAGACUCUAAUAUUAAAUCAGAUGUUGACAUUUCACUUGCAAAAGUUGAAGGGGACAUUAAGGCACCAAAAGUAGAUGUUAAAGUUCCACAAAUUGAUACCGAAGGCCCUGAAGGAGGAUUCAAAAUGCCAAAAAUGAAAAUGCCAUCAUUUAGUGUUAAAGGUCUAAAGGGUGAAGGGCCUGAUGUAAAUCUUCCAGAGGGUGAAGUAGACAUUAAAGGACCAUCCAUAGAUGUCAAGACACCAGAAGUUGAUAUUGAGGGACCGGAGGGAAAAUUGAAGGGUCCAAAGAUCUCAAUGCCAGAUGUGGAUUUCAACCUCAAGGGCCCUAAGGUAAAAGGAGAAGUCGAUGCUUCUUUUCCAAAACUUGAAGGGGAAAUAAAAACUCAAAAAGUGGUCAUCAGAAGUCCAGAUGUUGACAUUGAAGGACCAGAAGGGAAAAUCAAAGGUCCCAAAUUGAAAAUGCCAUCCAUAUCUGGCCCAAAGAUCUCAAUGCCUGAUGUGGACUUGAAUCUUAAAGGCCCUAAAUUAAAAGGUGAUGUGGAUGUCUCAGUUCCCAAGAUUGAGGGUGACAUUAAAGCACCGAAAGUUGACUUUGAAGGUCCAGAUAUGAAUGUUGAGGGAUCAGGAGGCUUCAAGAUGCCUAAAAUCAAGAUGCCAACGUUUGACACCAAAGUUCCAAAAGUUGAGGGCCCUGAUAUUGACAUAAAUCUACCAAAAGCAGAUAUUGAUGUCAGAGACCCUAAGAUUGAUCUGAAAUGCCCAGAUGUUGACAUUGAAGGACCAGAAGGAAAAAUUAAGGGUCCCAAAUUGAAAAUGCCAACCAUAUCUGGCCCAAAGAUCUCCAUGCCUGAUGUGGACUUGAAUCUUAAAGGACCUAAAUUAAAAGGGGAUGUGGAUGUCUCAGUUCCCAAGAUUGAGGGUGACAUUAAAGCACCGAAAGUUGAUAUAGAAGGUCCAGAUGUGAAUGUUGAGGGAUCAGGAGGCUUCAAGGUGCCUAAAAUCAAGAUGCCAACAUUUAACAUCAAAAGUCCAAAAGUUGAGGGCCCUGAUAUUGACGUAAAUCUACCAAAGGCAGAUAUUGAUGUCAAAGGCCCUAAGAUUGAUGUGAAAUGCCCAGAUGUUGACAUUGAAGGACCAGAAGGGAAAAUCAAAGGUCCCAAAUUCAAAAUGCCAACCAUAUCCGGUCCAAAGAUCUCAAUGCCUGAUGUGGACUUGAAUCUAAAAGGCCCUAAAUUAAAAGGGGAUGUGGAUGUCUCAGUUCCCAAAAUUGAGGGAGACAUUAAAGCACCGAAAGUUGACAUUCAAGGACCAGAUGUAGAUAUUGAGGGAUCAGGAGGCUUCAAGAUGCCUAAAAUCAAGAUGCCAACAUUUGGCGGCAAAGUUCAAAAAGUUGAGGGCCCUGAUAUUGACUUAAAUCUACCAAAGGCAGAUAUUGAUGUCAAAGGCCCUAAGAUUGAUCUGAAAUGCCCAGAUGUUGACAUUGAAGGACCAGAAGGAAAAAUCAAAGGUCCCAAAUUCAAAAUGCCAACCAUAUCCGGUCCAAAGAUCUCAAUGCCUGAUGUGGACUUGAAUCUAAAAGGCCCUAAAUUAAAAGGGGAUGUGGAUGUCUCAGUUCCCAAGAUUGAGGGAGACAUUAAAGCACCGAAAGUUGACAUUGAAGGUCCAGAUGUUGAUAUUGAGGGAUCAGGAGGCUUCAAGAUGCCUAAAAUCAAAAUGCCAACGUUUGGCAUCAAAGGUCCAAAAGUUGAGGGCCCUGAUACUGAUUUCCAUCUACCAAAGGCAGAUCUUGAUGUCAAAGGCCCUAAGAUUGAUCUGAAAAGCCCAGAUAUUGACAUUGAAGGACCAGAAGGGAAUAUCAAAGGUCCCAAAUUCAAAAUGCCAACCAUAUCCGGUCCAAAGAUCUCAAUGCCUGAUGUGGACUUUAAUCUUAAAGGACCUAAAUUGAAAGGGGAUGUGGAUGUCUCAGUUCCCAAAAUUGAGGGGGACAUUAAAGCACCAAAAGUUGACAUUGAAGGUCCAGAUGUGGAUAUUGAGGGAUCAGGAGGCUUCAAGAUGCCUAAAAUCAAGAUGCCAACAUUUGGUGCCAAAGUUCAAAAAGUUGAGGGCCCUGAUAUUGACAUAAAUCUACCAAAAGCAGAUAUUGAUGUCAGAGACCCUAAGAUUGAUCUGAAAUGCCCAGAUGUUGAUAUUGAAGGACCAGAAGGAAAAAUCAAAGGUCCCAAAUUCAAAAUGCCAACCAUAUCCGGUCCAAAGAUCUCAAUGCCUGAUGUGGACUUGAAUCUAAAAGGCCCUAAAUUGAAAGGGGAUGUGGAUGUCUCCGUUCCCAAAAUUGAGGGAGAAAUUAAAGCACCGAAAGUUGAAAUUGAAGGUCCAGAUGUGGAUAUUGAGGGAUCAGGAGGCUUCAAGAUGCCUAAGAUCAAGAUGCCAACAUUUGGCGGCAAAGGUCAAAAAGUUGAGGGCCCUGAUAUUGAUGUAAAUCUACCAAAGGCAGAUAUUGAUGUCAAAGGCCCUAAGAUUGAUCUGAAAUGCCCAGAUGUUGACAUUGAAGGACCAGAAGGAAAAAUCAAAGGUCCCAAAUUCAAAAUGCCAACCAUAUCCGGUCCAAAGAUCUCAAUGCCUGAUGUGGACUUGAAUCUAAAAGGCCCUAAAUUAAAAGGGGAUGUGGAUGUCUCAGUUCUCAAGAUUGAGGGAGACAUUAAAGCACCGAAAGUUGACAUUGAAGGUCCAGAUGUUGAUAUUGAGGGAUCAGGAGGCUUCAAGAUGCCUAAAAUCAAAAUGCCAACGUUUGGCAUCAAAGGUCCAAAAGUUGAGGGCCCUGAUACUGAUUUCAAUCUACCAAAGGCAGAUCUUGAUGUCAAAGGCCCUAAGAUUGAUCUGAAAAGCCCAGAUAUUGACAUUGAAGGACCAGAAGGGAAUAUCAAAGGUCCCAAAUUCAAAAUGCCAACCAUAUCCGGUCCAAAGAUCUCAAUGCCUGAUGUGGACUUUAAUCUUAAAGGACCUAAAUUGAAAGGGGAUGUGGAUGUCUCAGUUCCCAAAAUUGAGGGGGACAUUAAAGCACCAAAAGUUGACAUUGAAGGUCCAGAUGUGGAUAUUGAGGGAUCAGGAGGCUUCAAGAUGCCUAAAAUCAAGAUGCCAACAUUUGGUGCCAAAGUUCAAAAAGUUGAGGGCCCUGAUAUUGGCUUAAAUCUACCAAAGGCAGAUAUUGAUGUCAAAGGCCCUAAAAUUGAUCUGAAAUGCCCAGAUGUUGAUAUUGAAGGACCAGAAGGAAAAAUCAAAGGUCCCAAAUUCAAAAUGCCAACCAUAUCCGGUCCAAAGAUCUCAAUGCCUGAUGUGGACUUGAAUCUAAAAGGCCCUAAAUUGAAAGGGGAUGUGGAUGUCUCCGUUCCCAAAAUUGAGGGAGAAAUUAAAGCACCGAAAGUUGAAAUUGAAGGUCCAGAUGUGGAUAUUGAGGGAUCAGGAGGCUUCAAGAUGCCUAAGAUCAAGAUGCCAACAUUUGGCGGCAAAGGUCAAAAAGUUGAGGGCCCUGAUAUUGACUUAAAUCUACCAAAGGCAGAUAUUGAUGUCAAAGGCCCUAAGAUUGAUCUGAAAUGCCCAGAUGUUGACAUUGAAGGACCAGAAGGAAAAAUCAAAUCAACCAUAUCCGGUCCAAAGAUCUCAAUGCCUGAUGUGGACUUUAAUCUUAAAGGACCUAAAUUGAAAGAGGAUGUGGAUGUCUCAGUUCCCAAAAUUGAAGGUGACAUUAAAGCACCGAAAGUUGACAUUGAAGGUCCAGAUGUGGAUGUUGAGGGAUCAGGAGGCUUCAAAAUGCCUAAAAUCAAAAUGCCAACAUUUGGCAUCAAAGGUCCAAAAGUUGAGGGCCCUGAUAUUGAUGUCAAACUACCAAAGGCAGAUAUUGAUGUCAAAGGCCCUAAGAUUGAUCUGAAAAGCCCAGAUAUUGACAUUGAAGGACCAGAAGGGAAAAUCAAAGGUCCCAAAUUCAAAAUGCCAACCAUAUCCGGUCCAAAGAUCUCAAUGCCUGAUGUGGACUUGAAUAUUAAAGGACCUAAAUUGAAAGGGGAUGUGGAUGUCUCAGUUCCCAAAAUUGAGGGAGACAUUAAAGCACCGAAAGUUGACAUUGAAGGUCCAGAUGUGGAUAUUGAGGGAUCAGGAGGCUUCAAGAUGCCUAAAAUCAAGAUGCCAACAUUUGGUGCCAAAGUUUCAAAAGUUGAGGGCCCUGAUAUUGACUUAAAUCUACCAAAGGCUGAUAUUGAUGUCAAAGGCCCGAAGAUUGAUCUGAAAUGCCCAGAUGUUGACAUUGAAGGACCUGAAGGAAAAAUCAAAGGUCCCAAAUUCAAAAUGCCAACCAUAUCCGGUCCAAAGAUCUCAAUGCCUGAUGUGGACUUUAAUCUUAAAGGACCUAAAUUGAAAGGGGAUGUGGAUGUCUCAGUUCCCAAAAUUGAGGGGGACAUUAAAGCACCGAAAGUUGACAUUGAAGGUCCAGAUGUGGAUAUUGAGGGAUCAGGAGGCUUCAAGAUGCCUAAGAUCAAGAUGCCAACAUUUGGCGGCAAAGUUCAAAAAGUUGAGGGCCCUGAUAUUGACUUAAAUCUACAAAAGGCAGAUAUUGAUGUCAAAGGCCCUAAGAUUGAUCUGAAAUGCCCAGAUGUUGACAUUGAAGGACCAGAAGGAAAAAUCAAAGGUCCCAAAUUCAAAAUGCCAACCAUAUCCGGUCCAAAGAUCUCAAUGCCUGACAUGGACUUUAAUCUUAAAGGACCUAAAUUGAAAGGGGAUGUGGAUGUCUCAGUUCCCAAAAUUGAGGGGGACAUUAAAGCACCGAAAGUUGACAUUAAAGGUCCAGAUGUGGAUAUUGAGGGAUCAGGAGGCUUCAAGAUGCCUAAAAUCAAGAUGCCAACAUUUGGCGGCAAAGUUCCAAAAGUUGAGGGCCCUGAUAUUGAUGUAAAUCUACCAAAGGCAGAUAUUGAUGUCAAAGGCCCUAAGAUUGAUCUGAAAUGCCCAGAUGUUGACAUUGAUGGACCUGAAGGAAAAAUCAAAGGUCCCAAAUUCAAAAUGCCAACCAUAUCCGGUCCAAAGAUCUCAAUGCCUGACAUGGACUUUAAUCUUAAAGGACCUAAAUUGAAAGGGGAUGUGGAUGUCUCAGUUCCCAAAGUUGAGGGGGACAUUAAAGCACCGAAAGUUGACAUUGAAGGUCCAGAUGUGGAUAUUGAGGGAUCAGGAGGCUUCAAGAUGCCUAAAAUCAACAUGCCAACAUUUGGCGGCAAAGUUCCAAAAGUUGAGGGCCCUGAUAUUGAUGUAAAUCUACCAAAGGCAGAUAUUGAUGUCAAAGGCCCUAAGAUUGAUCUGAAAUGCCCAGAUGUUGACAUUGAAGGACCUGAAGGAAAAAUCAAAGGUCCCAAAUUCAAAAUGCCAACCAUAUCCGGUCCAAAGAUCUCAAUGCCUGAUGUGGACUUUAAUCUUAAAGGACCUAAAUUGAAAGGGGAUGUGGAUGUCUCAGUUCCCAAGAUUGAGGGUGACAUUAAAGCACCGAAAGUUGACAUUGAAGGUCCAGAUGUGGAUAUUGAGGGAUCAGGAGGCUUCAAGAUGCCUAAAAUCAAGAUGCCAACGUUUGGUGCCAAAGUUCCAAAAGUUGAGGGCCCUGAUAUUGAUGUAAAUCUACCAAAGGCAGAUCUUGAUGUCAAAGGCCCUAAGAUUGAUCUGAAAAGCCCAGAUAUUGACAUUGAAGGACCAGAAGGGAAAAUCAAAGGUCCAAAAUUCAAAAUGCCAUCCAUAUCCGGUCCAAAGAUCUCAAUGCCUGAUGUGGACUUCAAUCUUAAAGGACCUAAAUUGAAAGGGGAUGUGGAUGUCUCAGUUCCCAAGAUUGAGGGUGACGUUAAAGCACCGAAAGUUGAAAUUGAAGGUCCAGAUGUGGAUAUUGAGGGAUCAGGAGGCUUCAAGAUGCCUAAAAUCAAGAUGCCAACGUUUGGUGCCAAAGUUCCAAAAGUUCAGGCCCCUGAUAUUGAUGUAAAUCUACCAAAGGCAGAUCUUGAUGUCAAAGGCCCCAAGAUUGAUCUGAAAAGCCCAGAUAUUGACAUUGAAGGACCAGAAGGGAAAAUCAAGGGUCCCAAAUUCAAAAUGCCAACCAUAUCCGGUCCAAAGAUCUCAAUGCCUGACGUGGACUUUAAUCUUAAAGGACCUAAAUUGAAAGGGGAUGUGGAUGUCUCAGUUCCCAAGAUUGAGGGUGACAUUAAAGCACCGAAAGUUAACAUUGAAGGUCCAGAUGUGGAUAUUGAGGGAUCAGGAGGCCUCAAGAUGCCUAAAAUCAAGAUGCCAACGUUGGGUGGGAAACUUCCAAAAGUUGAGGGCCCUGAUAUUGACGUAAAUCUACCAAAGGCAGAUAUUGAUGUCAAAGGCCCUAAAAUUGAUCUGAAAAGCCCAGAUAUUGAUAUUGAAGGACCAGAAGGGAAAAUCAAAGGUCCCAAAUUCAAAAUGCCAACCAUAUCCGGUCCAAAGAUCUCAAUGCCUGAUGUGGACUUUAAUCUUAAAGGACCUAAAUUGAAAGGGGAUGUGGAUGUCUCAGUUCCCAAGAUUGAGGGUGACAUUAAAGCACCAAAGGUUGACAUUGAAGGUCCAGAUGUGGAUAUUGAGGGAUCAGGAGGCUUCAAGAUGCCUAAAAUCAAGAUGCCAACAUUUGGUGCCAAAGUUCCAAAAGUUGAGGGCCCUGAUAUUGAUGUAAAUCUACCAAAGGCAGAUCUUGAUGUCAAAGGCCCUAAGAUUGAUCUGAAAAGCCCAGAUAUUGACAUUGAAGGACCAGAAGGGAAAAUCAAAGGUCCUAAAUUCAAAAUGCCAACCAUAUCCGGUCCAAAGAUCUCAAUGCCUGAUGUGGACUUUAAUCUUAAAGGACCUAAAUUGAAAGGGGAUGUGGAUGUCUCAGUUCCCAAGAUUGAGGGUGACAUUAAAGCACCGAAAGUUGACAUUGAAGGUCCAGAUGUGGAUAUUGAGGGAUCAGGAGGCUUCAAGAUGCCUAAAAUCAAGAUGCCAACGUUUGGUGCCAAAGUUCCAAAAGUUGAGGGCCCUGAUAUUGAUGUAAAUCUACCAAAGGCAGAUCUUGAUGUCAAAGGCCCUAAGAUUGAUCUGAAAAGCCCAGAUAUUGACAUUGAAGGUCCAGAAGGGAAAAUCAAAGGUCCAAAAUUCAAAAUGCCAUCCAUAUCCGGUCCAAAGAUCUCAAUGCCUGAUGUGGACUUCAAUCUUAAAGGACCUAAAUUGAAAGGUGAUGUGGAUGUCUCAGUUCCCAAGAUUGAGGGUGACGUUAAAGCACCGAAAGUUGAAAUUGAAGGUCCAGAUGUGGAUAUUGAGGGAUCAGGAGGCUUCAAGAUGCCUAAAAUCAAGAUGCCAACGUUUGGUGCCAAAGUUCCAAAAGUUGAGGCCCCUGAUAUUGAUGUAAAUCUACCAAAGGCAGAUCUUGAUGUCAAAGGCCCCAAGAUUGAUCUGAAAAGCCCAGAUAUUGACAUUGAAGGACCAGAAGGGAAAAUCAAGGGUCCCAAAUUCAAAAUGCCAACGAUAUCCGGUCCAAAGAUCUCAAUGCCUGACAUGGACUUUAAUCUUAAAGGACCUAAAUUGAAAGGGGAUGUGGAUGUCUCAGUUCCCAAGAUUGAGGGUGACAUUAAAGCACCAAAAGUUAACAUUGAAGGUCCAGAUGUGGAUAUUGAGGGAUCAGGAGGCCUCAAGAUGCCUAAAAUCAAGAUGCCAACGUUUGGUGGCAAACUUCCAAAAGUUGAGGGCCCUGAUAUUGACGUAAAUCUACCAAAGGCAGAUAUUGAUGUCAGUGCUCCUAAGAUUGAUAUUAAAAGCCCAGAUAUUGACAUUGAAGGACCAGAAGGGAAAAUCAAAGGUCCCAAAUUCAAAAUGCCAACCAUAUCCGGUCCAAAGAUCUCAAUGCCUGAUGUGGACUUCAAUCUUAAAGGACCUAAAUUGAAAGGGGAUGUGGAUGUCUCAGUUCCCAAGAUUGAGGGUGAAAUUAAAGCACCGAAAGUUGACAUCGAAGGUCCAGAUGUGGAUAUUGAGGGAUCAGGAGGCUUUAAGAUGCCUAAAAUCAAGAUGCCAACGGUUGUUGGCAAAGUUCCAAAAGUUGAGGGCCCUGAUAUUGAUGUUAAUCUACCAAAGGCAAAUAUUGAUGUCAAAGGGCCUAAGAUUGAUCUGAAAAGCCCAGAUAUUGACAUUGAAGGACCAGAAGGGAAAAUCAAAGGUCCCAAAUUUAAAAUGCCAACCAUAUCCGGUCCAAAGAUCUCAAUGCCUGAUGUGGACUUUAAUCUUAAAGGCCCUAAAUUAAAAGGGGAUGUGGAUGUCUCAGUACCCAAGAUUGAGGGAGACAUUAAAGCACCGAAAGUUGACAUUGAAGGUCCAGAUGUUGAUAUUGAGGGAUCAGGAGGCUUCAAGAUGCCUAAAAUCAAGAUGCCAACAUUUGGUAUUAAAGGUCUAAAUGUUGAGAGCCCUGACAUUGAUCUGCCCAAAGCUGAUGUUGAUAUAAAAGGCCCAAGCAUAGAUAUCAAAGCCCCAGAUGUUGAUAUUGAGGGGCCUGUAGGUAAAGUGAAGGGGCCUAAAUUUGAAAUUGAACAGGCCAAAAUUGACCUUGAUGUUCCAGGAGCUUCAGUCAAGAAGUCUAAAUUCAAAAUGCCAAAAUUUGGUUCGAAAGCACCCAAAAUUGAAGGAGCAGAUGUUGAUGUUAAAGUACCAAAAGGUGAUGUCACUGUAGAAGCCAAAAGUCCAGAGGGUGGUUUUAAGUUGCCAAAAUUCAAGAUGCCAAAAUUUGGUUUCAAACAUUCUAAAGCGGACAUCCCAAGUGUUGACGAAUCAGACAUAAAUGUAAACAUCAGAAGUCCAUCUGUUGAUAUUGAAGCUCCAGAGGGAAAAGUCAAAAGCCCUAAAAUUAAGAUGCCAACUCUCUCAGGGCCAAGUAUUGCGUUACCUGAUGUGGACCUGAAUCUUAAAGGCCCUAAAUUAAAAGGGGAUGUGGAUGUCUCAGUUCCCAAGAUUGAGGGUGACAUUAAAGCACCGAAAGUUGACAUAGAAGGUCCAGAUGUGGAUGUUGAUGGAUCAGGAGGCUUCAAGAUGCCUAAAAUCAAGAUGCCAACGUUUGGCACCAAACUUCCAAAUGUUGAGGGCCCUGAUAUUGAUGUAAAUCUGCCAAAGGCAGAGAUUGAUGUUAAAGGUCCUAAGAUUGCUGUCCAAAGCCCAGAUAUUGACGUCGAAGGACCAGAAGGGAAAAUCAAAGGUCCCAAAUUCAAAAUGCCAACUAUAUCCGGUCCAAAGCUCUCAAUGCCUGAUGUGGACUUCAAUCUUAAAGGACCUAAAUUGAAAGGGGAUGUGGAUGUGUCAGUUCCCAAGAUUGAGGGUGACAUUAAAGCCCCAAAAGUUGACAUCGAAGGUCCAGAUGUGGAUAUUGAGGGAUCAGGAGGCUUCAAGAUGCCUAAAAUCAAAAUGCCAACAUUUGGCGGCAAAGUUCCAAAAGUUGAAGGCCCUGAUAUUGAUGUAAAUCUACCAAAGGCAGAUAUUGAUGUCAAAGGGCCUAAGAUUGAUGUGAAAUGCCCAGAUAUUGACAUUGAAGGACCAGAAGGGAAAAUCAAAGGUCCCAAGUUUAAAAUGCCAACCAUAUCCGGUCCAAAGAUCUCAAUGCCUGAUAUGGACUUUAAUCUUAAAGGCCCUAAAUUAAAAGGGGAUAUGGAUGUCUCAGUUCCCAAGAUUGAGGGUGAUAUCAAAGCACCGAAAGUUGACAUCGAAGGUCCAGAUGUGGAUAUUGAGGGAUCAGGAGGCUUCAAGAUGCCUAAAAUCAAAAUGCCUACAUUUGGCGGCAAAGUUCCAAAAGUUGAGGGCCCUGAUAUUGACUUAAAUCUACCAAAGGCAGAUAUUGAUGUCAAAGGCCCUAAGAUUGAUCUGAAAAGCCCAGAUAUUGACAUUGAAGGACCAGAAGGGAAAAUCAAAGGUCCCAAAUUCAAAAUGCCAACCAUAUCCGGUCCACAUAUCUCAAUGCCUGAUGUGGACUUUAAUCUUAAAGGACCUAAAUUGAAAGGGGAUGUGGAUGUCUCAGUUCCCAAGCUUGAGGGUGACAUUAAAGCACCGAAAGUUGAAAUUGAAGGUCCAGAUGUGGAUAUUGAGGGAUCAGGAGGCUUCAAGAUGCCUAAAAUCAAGAUGCCAACAUUUGGCGGCAAAGUUCCAAAAGUUGAGGGCCCUGAUAUUGACUUAAAUUUACCAAAGGCAGAUCUUGAUGUCAAAGGCCCUAAGAUUGAUCUGAAAAGCCCAGAUAUUGACAUUGAAGGACCAGAAGGGAAAAUCAAAGGUCCCAAAUUCAAAAUGCCAACCAUAUCCGGUCCACAUAUCUCAAUGCCUGAUGUAGACUUUAAUCUUAAAGGACCUAAAUUGAAAGGGGAUGUGGAUGUCUCAGUUCCCAAGAUUGAGGGUGACAUUAAAGCACCGAAAGUUGACAUUGAAGGUCCAGAUGUGGAUAUUGAGGGAUCAGGAGGUUUCAAGAUGCCUAAAUUCAAAAUGCCAACAUUUGGCGGCAAAGGUCCAAAAGUUGAGGGCCCUGAUAUUGAUGUAAAUCUUCCAAGAACAGAUAUUGAUGUCAAAGGUCCUAAGAUUGAUCUGAAAAGCCCAGAUAUUGACAUUGAAGGACCAGAAGGGAAAAUCAAAGGUCCCAAAUUCAAAAUGCCAACCAUAUCCGGUCCACAUAUCUCAAUGCCUGAUGUAGACUUUAAUCUUAAAGGACCUAAAUUGAAAGGGGAUGUGGAUGUCUCAGUUCCCAAGAUUGAGGGUGAAAUUAAAGCACCGAUUGACAUUGAAGGUCCAGCUGUGGAUAUUGAGGGAUCAGGAGGUUUCAAGAUGCCUAAAUUCAAAAUGCCAACAUUUGGCGGCAAAGUUCCAAAAGUUGAGGGCCCUGAUAUUGAUGUAAAUCUUCCAAGAACAGAUAUUGAUGUCAAAGGUCCUAAGAUUGAUCUGAAAAGCCCAGAUAUUGACAUUGAAGGACCAGAAGGGAAAAUCAAAGGUCCCAAAUUCAAAAUGCCAACCAUAUCCGGUCCAAAGAUCUCAAUGCCUGAUGUGGACUUCAAUCUUAAAGGACCUAAAUUGAAAGGGGAUGUGGAUGUCUCAGUUCCCAAGAUUGAGGGUGAUAUUAAAGCACCGAAAGUUGACAUCGAAGGUCCAGAUGUGGAUAUUGAGGGAUCAGGAGGCUUCAAGAUGCCUAAAAUCAAAAUGCCAACAUUUGGCGGCAAAGUUCCAAAAGUUGAGGGCCCUGAUAUUGACUUAAAUUUACCAAAGGCAGAUCUUGAUGUCAAAGGCCCUAAGAUUGAUCUGAAAAGCCCAGAUAUUGACAUUGAAGGACCAGAAGGGAAAAUCAAAGGUCCCAAAUUCAAAAUGCCAACCAUAUCCGGUCCACAUAUCUCAAUGCCUGAUGUAGACUUUAAUCUUAAAGGACCUAAAUUGAAAGGGGAUGUGGAUGUCUCAGUUCCCAAGAUUGAGGGUGACAUUAAAGCACCGAAAGUUGACAUUGAAGGUCCAGAUGUGGAUAUUGAGGGAUCAGGAGGUUUCAAGAUGCCUAAAUUCAAAAUGCCAACAUUUGGCGGCAAAGUUCCAAAAGUUGAGGGCCCUGAUAUUGAUGUAAAUCUUCCAAGAACAGAUAUUGAUGUCAAAGGUCCUAAGAUGGAUCUGAAAAGCCCAAAUAUUGACAUUGAAGGACCAGAAGGGAAAAUCAAAGGUCCCAAAUUCAAAAUGCCAACCAUAUCCGGUCCAAAGAUCUCAAUGCCUGAUGUGGACUUCAAUCUUAAAGGACCUAAAUUGAAAGGGGAUGUGGAUGUCUCAGUUCCCAAGAUUGAGGGUGAUAUUAAAGCACCGAAAGUUGACAUCGAAGGUCCAGAUGUGGAUAUUGAGGGAUCAGGAGGCUUAAAGAUGCCUAAAAUCAAAAUGCCAACAUUUGGCGGCAAAGUUCCAAAAGUUGAGGGCCCUGAUAUUGACUUAAAUCUACCAAAGGCAGAUAUUGAUGUCAAAGGCCCUAAGAUUGAUCUGAAAAGCCCAGAUAUUGACAUUGAAGGACCAGAAGGGAAAAUCAAAGGUCCCAAAUUCAAAAUGCCAACCAUAUCCGGUCCAAACAUCUCAAUGCCUGAUGUAGACUUUAAUCUUAAAGGCCCUAAAUUAAAAGGAGAUAUGGGUGUCUCAGUUCCCAAGAUUGAGGGUGACAUUAAAGCACCCAAAGUUGACAUCGAAGGUCCAGAUGUGGAUAUUGAGGGAUCAGGAGGUUUCAAGAUGCCUAAAUUCAAAAUGCCAACUUUUGGCGGCAAAGUUCCAAAAGUUGAGGGCCCUGAUAUUGACGUAAAUCUCCCAAGAACAGAUAUUGAUGUCAAAGGUCCUAAGAUGGAUCUGAAAAGCCCAGAUAUUGACAUUGAAGGACCAGAAGGGAAAAUCAAAGGUCCCAAAUUCAAAAUGCCAACCAUAUCUGGUCCAAAGAUCUCAAUGCCUGAUGUGGACUUCAAUCUUAAAGGACCUAAAUUGAAAGGGGAUGUGGAUGUCUCAGUUCCCAAGAUUGAGGGUGACAUUAAAGCACCGAAAGUUGAAAUUGAAGGUCCAGAUGUGGAUAUUGAGGGAUCAGGAGGCUUCAAGAUGCCUAAAAUCAAAAUGCCAACGUUUGGCAUCAAAGGUCCAAAAGUUGAGGGCCCUGAUAUUGACUUAAAUCUACCAAAGGCAGAUCUUGAUGUUAAAGGCCCCAAGAUUGAUCUGAAAUGCCCAGAUGUUGACAUUGAAGGACCAGAAGGGAAAAUCAAAGGUCCCAAGUUUAAAAUGCCAAAUAUAUCUGGUCCAAAGAUCUCAAUGCCUGAUAUGGACUUUAAUCUUAAAGGCCCUAAAUUAAAAGGUGAUAUGGAUGUCUCAGUUCCCAAGAUUGAGGGUGAUAUUAAAGCACCGAAAGUUGACAUCGAAGGUCCAGAUGUGGAUAUUGAGGGAUCAGGAGGCUUCAAGAUGCCUAAAAUCAAAAUGCCUACAUUUGGCGGCAAAGUUCCAAAAGUUGAGGGCCCUGAUAUUGACGUAAAUCUACCAAAGGCAGAUAUUGAUGUCAAAGGCCCUAAGAUUGAUCUGAAAAGCCCAGAUAUUGACAUUGAAGGACCAGAAGGGAAAAUUAAAGGUCCCAAAUUCAAAAUGCCGAACAUAUCCGGUCCAAACAUCUCAAUGCCUGAUGUAGACUUUAAUCUUAAAGGCCCUAAAUUAAAAGGAGAUAUGGGUGUCUCAGUUCCCAAGAUUGAGGGUGACAUGAAAGCACCGAAAGUUGACAUCGAAGGUCCAGAUGUGGAUAUUGAGGGAUCAGGAGGUUUCAAGAUGCCUAAAUUCAAAAUGCCAACUUUUGGCGGCAAAGUUCCAAAAGUUGAGGGCCCUGAUAUUGACGUAAAUCUCCCAAGAACAGAUAUUGAUGUCAAAGGUCCUAAGGUGGAUCUGAAAAGCCCAGAUAUUGACAUUGAAGGACCAGAAGGGAAAAUCAAAGGUCCCAAAUUCAAAAUGCCAACCAUAUCUGGUCCAAAGAUCUCAAUGCCUGAUGUGGACUUCAAUCUUAAAGGACCUAAAUUGAAAGGGGAUGUGGAUGUCUCAGUUCCCAAGAUUGAGGGUGACAUUAAAGCACCGAAAGUUGAAAUUGAAGGUCCAGAUGUGGAUAUUGAGGGAUCAGGAGGCUUCAAGAUGCCUAAAAUCAAAAUGCCAACGUUUGGCAUCAAAGGUCCAAAAGUUGAGGGCCCUGAUAUUGAUGUAAAUCUGCCAAAGGCAGAUCUUGAUGUUAAAGGCCCCAAGAUUGAUCUGAAAUGCACAGAUGUUGACAUUGAAGGACCAGAAGGGAAAAUCAAAGGUCCCAAGUUUAAAAUGCCAAAUAUAUCUGGUCCAAAGAUCUCAAUGCCUGAUAUGGACUUUAAUCUUAAAGGCCCUAAAUUAAAAGGGGAUAUGGAUGUCUCAGUUCCCAAGAUUGAGGGUGAUAUUAAAGCACCGAAAGUUGACAUCGAAGGUCCAGAUGUGGAGAUUGAGGGAUCAGGAGGCUUCAAGAUGCCUAAAAUCAAAAUGCCUACAUUUGGCGGCAAAGUUCCAAAAGUUGAGGGGCCUGAUAUUGACUUAAAUCUACCAAAGGCAGAUAUUGAUGUCAAAGGCCCUAAGAUUGAUCUGAAAAGCACAGAUAUUGACAUUGAAGGACCAGAAGGGAAAAUCAAAGGUCCCAAAUUCAAAAUGCCAACCAUAUCCGGUCCACAUAUCUCAAUGCCUGAUGUAGACUUUAAUCUUAAAGGCCCUAAAUUAAAAGGGGAUAUGGGUGUCUCAGUUCCCAAGAUUGAGGGUGACAUGAAAGCACCGAAAGUUGACAUCGAAGGUCCAGAUGUGGAUAUUGAGGGAUCAGGAGGUUUCAAGAUGCCUAAAUUCAAAAUGCCAACUUUUGGCGGCAAAGUUCCAAAAGUUGAGGGCCCUGAUAUUGACUUAAAUCUCCCAAGAACAGAUAUUGAUGUCAAAGGUCCUAAGAUGGAUCUGAAAAGCCCAGAUAUUGACAUUGAAGGACCAGAAGGGAAAAUCAAAGGUCCCAAAUUCAAAAUGCCAACCAUAUCCGGUCCAAAGAUCUCAAUGCCUGAUGUGGACUUCAAUCUUAAAGGACCUAAAUUGAAAGGGGAUGUGGAUGUCUCAGUUCCCAAGAUUGAGGGUGACAUUAAAGCACCAAAAGUUGAAAUUGAAGGUCCAGAUGUGGAUAUUGAGGGAUCAGGAGGUUUCAAGAUGCCUAAAAUAAAGAUGCCAACAUUUGGCGGCAAAGUUCCAAAAGUUGAGGGCCCUGAUAUUGACUUAAAUCUACCAAAGGCAGAUAUUGAUGUCAAAGGCCCUAAGAUUGAUCUGAAAAGCCCAGAUAUUGACAUUGAAGGACCAGAAGGGAAAAUCAAAGGUCCCAAAUUCAAAAUGCCAACGAUAUCCGGUCCACAUAUCUCAAUGCCUGAUGUAGACUUUAAUCUUAAAGGCCCUAAAUUAAAAGGGGAUAUGGGUGUCUCAGUUCCCAAGAUUGAGGGUGACAUUAAAGCACCGAAAAUUGACAUCGAAGGUCCAGAUGUGGAUAUUGAGGGAUCAGGAGGUUUCAAGAUGCCUAAAUUCAAAAUGCCAACUUUUGGCGGCAAAGUUCCAAAAGUUGAGGGCCCUGAUAUUGACGUAAAUCUUCCAAGAACAGAUAUUGAUGUCAAAGGUCCUAAGAUGGAUCUGAAAAGCCCAGAUAUUGACAUUGAAGGACCAGAAGGGAAAAUCAAAGGUCCCAAAUUCAAAAUGCCAACCAUAUCCGGUCCAAAGAUCUCAAUGCCUGAUGUGGACUUCAAUCUUAAAGGACCUAAAUUGAAAGGGGAUGUGGAUGUCUCAGUUCCCAAGAUUGAGGGUGACAUUAAAGCACCAAAAGUUGAAAUUGAAGGUCCAGAUGUGGAUAUUGAGGGAUCAGGAGGUUUCAAGAUGCCUAAAAUAAAGAUGCCAACAUUUGGCGGCAAAGUUCCAAAAGUUGAGGGCCCUGAUAUUGACUUAAAUCUACCAAAGGCAGAUAUUGAUGUCAAAGGCCCUAAGAUUGAUCUGAAAAGCCCAGAUAUUGACAUUGAAGGACCAGAAGGGAAAAUCAAAGGUCCCAAAUUCAAAAUGCCAACGAUAUCCGGUCCACAUAUCUCAAUGCCUGAUGUAGACUUUAAUCUUAAAGGCCCUAAAUUAAAAGGGGAUAUGGGUGUCUCAGUUCCCAAGAUUGAGGGUGACAUUAAAGCACCGAAAAUUGACAUCGAAGGUCCAGAUGUGGAUAUUGAGGGAUCAGGAGGUUUCAAGAUGCCUAAAUUCAAAAUGCCAACUUUUGGUGGCAAAGUUCCAAAAGUUGAGGGCCCUGAUAUUGACGUAAAUCUUCCAAGAACAGAUAUUGAUGUCAAAGGUCCUAAGAUGGAUCUGAAAAGCCCAGAUAUUGACAUUGAAGGACCAGAAGGGAAAAUCAAAGGUCCCAAAUUCAAAAUGCCAACCAUAUCCGGUCCAAAGAUCUCAAUGCCUGAUGUGGACUUCAAUCUUAAAGGACCUAAAUUGAAAGGGGAUGUGGAUGUCUCAGUUCCCAAGAUUGAGGGUGACAUUAAAGCACCGAAAGUUGAAAUUGAAGGUCCAGAUGUGGAUAUUGAGGGAUCAGGAGGCUUCAAGAUGCCUAAAAUCAAAAUGCCAACGUUUGGCAUCAAAGGUCCAAAAGUUGAGGGCCCUGAUAUUGAUGUAAAUCUGCCAAAGGCAGAUCUUGAUGUUAAAGGCCCCAAGAUUGAUCUGAAAUGCCCAAAUGUUGACAUUGAAGGACCAGAAGGGAAAAUCAAAGGUCCCAAGUUUAAAAUGCCAAAUAUAUCCGGUCCACAUAUCUCAAUGCCUGAUGUAGACUUUAAUCUUAAAGGCCCUAAACUAAAAGGGGAUAUGGGUGUCUCAGUUCCCAAGAUUGAGGGUGACAUUAAAGCACCGAAAGUUGACAUCGAAGGUCCAGAUGUGGAUAUUGAGGGAUCAGGAGGUUUCAAGAUGCCUAAAUUCAAAAUGCCAACUUUUGGCGGCAAAGUUCCAAAAGUUGAGGGCCCUGAUAUUGACGUAAAUCUUCCAAGAACAGAUAUUGAUGUCAAAGGUCCUAAGAUGGAUAUGAAAAGCCCAGAUAUUGACAUUGAAGGACCAGAAGGGAAAAUCAAAGGUCCCAAAUUCAAAAUGCCAACCAUAUCCGGUCCAAAGAUCUCAAUGCCUGAUAUGGACUUCAAUCUUAAAGGACCUAAAUUGAAAGGGGAUGUGGAUGUGUCAGUACCCAUGAUUGAGGGUGACAUUAGAGCACCGAAAGUUGACAUCGAAGGUCCAGAUGUGGAUAUUGAGGGAUCAGGAGGCUUCAAGAUGCCUAAAUUCAAAAUGCCAACUUUUGGUGGCAAAGUUCCAAAAGUUGAGGGCCCUGAUAUUGACUUAAAUCUACCAAAGACAGAUAUUGAUGUCAAAGGUCCUAAGAUUGAUCUGAAAAGCCCAGAUAUUGACAUUGAAGGACCCGAAGGGAAAAUCAAAGGUCCCAAAUUCAAAAUGCCAACCAUGUCCGGUCCAAAGAUCUCAAUGCCUGAUGUGGACUUAAAUCUUAAAGGCCCUAAAUUCAAAGGGGAUGUGGAUGUCUCAAUACCCAAGAUUGAGGGUGACAUUAAAGCACCAAAAGUUGCCUUAGAAGGUCCAGAUGUGGAUGUUCAUGGAUCAGGAGGCUUCAAGAUGCCUAAGUUCAAGAUGCCAACUUUUGGCAGCAAAGUUCCAAAAAUUGAGGGCCCUGAUAUUGAUGUAAAUCUACCAAAGACAGAUAUUGAUGUCAAAGGUCCUAAGAUUGAUCUGAAAGGCCCAGAUAUUGACAUUGAAGGACCAGAAGGGAAAAUCAAAGGUCCCAAAUUCAAAAUGCCAACCAUGUCCGGUCCAAAGAUCUCAAUGCCUGAUAUGGACUUUAAUCUUAAAGGCCCUAAAUUCAAAGGGGGUGUGGAUGUCUCAGUUCCCAAGAUUGAGGGUGAUAUUAAAGCACCGAAAGUUGACAUUGAAGGUCCAGAUGUGGAUAUUGAGGGAUCAGGAGGCUUCAAGAUGCCUAAAAUCAAGAUGCCAACGUUUGGUGGCAAAGUUCCAAAAGUUGAGGGCCCUGAUAUUGACUUAAAUCUACCAGAGGCAGAUAUUGAUGUCAGUGCUCCUAAGAUUGAUCUUAAAAGCCCAGAUAUUGACAUUGAAGGACCAGAAGGGAAAAUCAAAGGUCCAAAAUUCAAAAUGCCAUCCAUAUCCGGUCCAAAGAUCUCAAUGCCUGAUGUGGACUUUAACCUUAAAGGACCUAAAUUGAAAGGGGAUGUGGAUGUCUCAGUACGCAAUAUUGAGGGUGACAUUAAUGCACCGAAAGUUGACAUUGAAGGUCCAGAUGUGGAUAUUGAGGGAUCAGGAGGCUUUAAAAUGCCUAAAAUCAAGAUGCCAACGUUUGGUGCCAAAGUUCCAAAAGUUGAGGGCCCUGAUAUUGACGUAAAUCUACCUAAGGCAAAUCUUGAUUUCAAAGGCCCUAAGUUUGAUCUCCAAAGUCCAGAUAUUGACUUUGAAGGACCAGAAGGCAACAUCAAAGGUCCCAAAUUUAAAAUGCCAAACAUAUCCGGUCCAAAGAUCUCAAUGCCCGAAAUGGACUUUAAUCUUAAAGGCCCUAAAUUAAAAGGAGAUGUGGAUGUCUCAGUUCCCAAGAUUGAGGGUGACCUUAAAGCACCAAAAGUUAAGAUUGAAGGUCCAGAUGUAGAUGUUGAAGGAUCAGGAGCCUUCAAGAUGCCUAAAAUUAAAAUGCCAACCAUUUCUGGUCCACAUAUCUCAAUGCCUGAUAUGGACUUUAAUCUUAAAGGCCCUAAAUUAAAAGGGGAUGUGGAUGUCUCAGUUCCCAAGAUUGAGGGUGACAUUACAGCACCAAAAAUUGACUUUGAAGGUCCAGAUGUGGAUAUUGAGGGUUCAGGAGGCUUUAAGAUGCCUAAAAUCAAGAUGCCAACGUUUGGUGCCAAGGUUUCAAAUGUUGAGGCCCCUGAUAUUGACUUAAAUCCACCAAAGGCAGAUAUUGAUGUCAAAGGACCUAAGAUUAAUCUGAAAAGCCCAAAAGUUGACAUUGAAGGUCCAGAUGUGGAUGUUGAUGGUUCAGGUGGCGUCAAGAUUCCUAAAAUCAAAAUGCCACACUUUGGGAUUAAGGGGCCCAUAGUGGAGGGUGGUAAUGCUGAAAUAAAUGUUCCCAAAUUUAAAGCUGACAUUAAAGGUCCUGCUAUGGAUAUCAAACACCCUGAGAUUGGCAAGGGUCACAUUACUGAUAGCAGUCUUGAAGGCCCUGAUGCGGAUAUCAGUUUCAAGGGAAAGAAGGGUAAAUUGAAAAUGCCCAAGGUGAAAGGAAAGAUGAAAACUGAUAUUACUGUCGAUUCUAAAUCUGGCAACGUUGAGCUAGCUGCAGACUCACCUGACUUGCAUCUCAAAGGACCUAAGGUUAAGAAACCUUUGUUUGGAAAAUUACAUUUUCCUGAUGUGGAAUUUGACAUAAAAUCCCCAAAGCCAAAAGGUGGUAAUUCAGUUUCUGGAAAUUCAAAAUCAGUUGAAAUUGAUUCAUCACCUGGAAGUCUUAAAGCAGAUAUACCGGGUGUUGAUAUUCAGACACCACAUGUUAGUUUGGAGGGUGUAGACAUCAAAGCUAAAAAAUCCAAAAUCAAAAUGCCAAAGUUAAUCUCAGGAUCCAAGGUCAAAUCUGCUGAUGUUGACGUCAAUGUUCCAAAGCUUCGUUCACCUGAAAUGAGCAUGAAUCUGGGUGCACCUGAUGUUAGCUUAGAAGGGCAUGGCAUAAAAGUUGAGGCCCCUGAGAUAAAAGGGACCUUUGAAGGUAGAGUGAAGGGGUGCACAGAGGCAGAAGGCUUUAAAGCAGAAGGACUUCAGGGGAUAGAUCUGAAUAUGCCAUCUGCAAAGUUUCAAGUACCCCAUGUAGGUUCUUCAGAUGUGAAAACAGGAGAAAUAGGCAUGCAUACAGAUUUUGCAGUAUCAAGUGCAACUGAGUAUCCCGAGGGUAAUGUAACCUUUCCUAAGAUUAAAGUGUCAAAAUUUGGUAUAGCCUUGCCUCAGGUAGAAGGAAGGGAGAUGGGUGUAGAUGUAGGGUCAGGAGAAUUAAGUGCUAGUGGUAAUGCUAGUUCAAGUCUGGAGACACCAUGCCCAGAUUUAAAAAGCAGUGGUGUCAAAGUCAAAGUCAAAAAGCCACGAUUCUUUGGCAAAUCUAAACCUAAGGGUGGAAGUGCAGCUGAUCUUACUUUUCAGGGACCAGAAGUUGAAGCUAAGGGGGGUGCCAAAGUGUCUAAAGGAUUAAGUGCAAGUUCUGGGGAGCUUAUAGGUGGAAAGACCUUAGAGGGGAGUUCUGGUUUAAAAAUUUCACCUAAGAGUAAAUCUGCUUCACUUGAUCUUUACAAGAAAUCGAGGCAUCGUUCUUCAUCACUCAGUGAUGAAGGAGAACUUGCUUCCCCUACUUCUGUUGAAGGGCAUUUACAGGCAGAAGGUGGUGACAUUUCAAUGGAUGUUGGAGGCGCUAAAGUGAAAGGCAAAAAAGGAGGUCUGAAGUUUGGUACAUUUGGUGGGUUUAGUUCAAAGUCCAAGGGUUUGUAUGAAGUGACACUUGGUGAGGAUAGUGAAGCAAAGAUUGAAGGUGCUGGAGUUGUUUCCCCUUCAAAGAGGUCUAGAGUGUCAUCAACAUCUAGCAGUGAUAGUGUUUCAAAGGGUGGUUUUCGCUUCCCAAAAGUUGAAAUUGCUGUUUCACCAAAGAAAUAAUAUGCUUUGAUAUGAUUAAAAGGCACUCGUUUUGCCUUUUUAUAUACUAUGCGUUCACAUACAGUCUAAUGCUUUAUAGUAGACAGCUACUUUAUAAGCCUCAUCUAACUACAGUGCACUGUCAUAAAUAUAGACAUUUUGUCCAGAUUCCUUUUGCCAUUCCAAAUAAUAGUUCAUUCAUUUUGCUGGGGUACAUAUCAUGCCUUAUAACUGUAAAUAAGAGAACUCUGUAUUGUAAUUUUCAUUAUCAUUUGUAAAUAGUAAAAAAAAUUGACUACCAUCACAUUUUCUAUCCACUGCCACAGCAAUAUUGAAAUGGCAUAUUUGCAUGUGGUUUUAACACUUUUUGUGAUAUGAUAAUUAUAUUUUUGUAUUUGUUAAUCUUUAGGGGAAUUGGUUUAGCAAGCAUCUGUCAAAUAUGUAUUAACAGGUUUUAUGUGCCUUUCAUAUACAGUUUUAUUCAAAACAAACAAACCCAGAACAUUUAAUAUAAUUAAGAUUUUAUAAUUUUGAAAUUAAGUCUGUAUAAUACUAAAAAGUGAUUUUUUUUUUAAAAAGUGACUGUUCAUUCAAAUGACAUUUUAUAUUAUAGAUCUGUAAAAAUGUAAAUAAACUGAUGAUACACUUUGAUAUGGGAAUUAUCCUUUUAGUACCAAAUAAACAAUAAGCCAAAUAAUUAUGCAAACAUGUUACAGAAAUUAUAUUUGAUGAGAUCUUGAACUUGCACAGUAAACCAAUAACUGUUUAUCAGACAUUACUAUUCUAAUGAACAUUUUGAGAUUGCUAUUGUCUCCUCCCCUCCCCAACACUUUAAUUUUACCAAAUGAAUUGCUGUGCUUGAAUUAUUAUUUUAUUUUUAUUUCCUGUCAUCUGCAAAACCAAAUAAAGUGUUCAGUUAUCAUGUGUA